AUGGCGUCCCUGGCAGAAUCAGCGGGUGAUGAGCGGCAGAGCCAGGCGGGUGAUCCCGAGGAGCCAGUGUACCCAGGGGCAGAGCGGAGAGUCCGGCCUCUGCAGAUGGACAUUGCUUGGAAUGUGGAAGCCGACACAGAUGGUGAUGUUCUACCAAUGUCUGAUGCCCCGCCACUGGGCUCUCUGCCUUCUAUAAAUGGAAAGAAAGGACCCGGGAACCAAUGUAGUAUGGCGAAUGUAAAGGCCAGCAUUGGCAACGGCACCAUGAGCUCCAAGGGUCUGCCCACUGGCAUCAUUCGUGGCUCACUCCCAGAAGAACUGAAAGAGUGCUGUAAGGGCAGUUCUGUAGGCAGCCUAAUAAUGAGCCCCAAUGGGGAGAUAGUAUGCCUUUCCCUGAUGGGGGCGGCCCGUGACACAGACAUUCCCAUCCGCUUUGAUUUCAUUGCCGAGGAAGAAAAAGAAGAAUGCCUUCUAGAGCGAUCUGCAGGCCGUGACGAAGAGUCGUCUGACAUUCAGCAGGAUCCGGAGACCGAGGCAGCCAGUCCUAACCUACAUACAUCAGAGGCAGCCAGUCCUAACCUACAUACUUCAGAGGCAGCCAGUUCUAACCAACAUACACCAGAGAGAGGAACCUCGCCUCCCUACCACAAAGCUCAGGGAUAUGCUGUUUAUAAAGGAAAGAAGAUCCCUAACGUGGAGACGGCCAUGCAAGGAAACAGCGCAGAGCAGCUUAGAGAUCAGACAGCCGCUGAGAAGAGUCCUAGAGAGAAGGAGAAGGCUGUGACAGGCGGGCAGAAGACGGAUAUACAGGCCAGCCAGAGAAGAGAUGUAAGACAUGCGCCGAUCAUGACUGCAGCGCUCCCGCAGGAAAACAUGGAAUGCAUAUCCUCAGAGAUAGAAACGGCAGAACCAUCCAUCGUCAGUACAAGAGAUUUCCAAAAUGAUAAUGCUGCAGAGGAGCUCCCAUCCCCCCGGGGGUUGCAGAAAUCCCCUCGGUCACCACACAGAGGUGAGGAGACCCCACAGCAGAAGCUGACACAGACAGUCCACAAAUCCCCUUGGUCACCACAUAGAGGUGAGGAGAGCCCACAGCAGGAGCUGACACAGACAGUCCACCAGACCAAAAACGAGGAGUUGACGGAGUAUGAGAAGUCUGAAACCUCACCAGAUCACACAGAAGUCAGACCUGCUGCGGAUACACUCAGCCUACCAGUACAGGGACGACAGGGGGGCGGUGAUGCUACAGCGCCACCUACUGCUCAGGAACAGCACAGCAGCAGCAGAACAAGCUCCAGAAACCAACCAAACACAAAACAGAAGACCUCAGACACUGCAAAGAAACAACCAGCAAAGCCCAGAAAGAAACACCCCGAAAUAGUUACAGAUGUGGAGAAAGUCCCCAGUGAGGGGAGAGAGGUGCAGCCUGACGUUCCUCCACCUACAGAAGACAUUGCAGAAAGUAACAGCGGCCCUGCACAGCGCCACAUACCGGGACAGGAGGAGGCACUAGCAGCGCAAAGCACCAAAACUCUGGAAAAAGAGAAUACAAGGCCGAAGGGAAAAAACAAAACUGAGAAGGCAAAAAAGCCAAAGAAACCUGAGGCCAGAGUGUCCAAGAGGGCAAAUCAGGGAGCUGCGGCAGAACAAGGAAAAUCUGCAUUUGUUGUAGGACAACCCAGACAUAAGAAAGCAGAAGACAUCCUCUACCAUCCAAAGAGACCCCCGGGGCAGGUGCAGAGGCAGGAGACCCUUCAUGAAGCGCAGGGAGAGGAGGAACAUGAGACAGACAACGAGAGUGAGGACUCUUAUGUAGUAGAGCGACACGAGGAGAGAACGCCCACACCAACAGCGCCCACAGACCUUCAUUCCAGCUCAGACACAGCGCCCACAGACCUCCAUUCCGGCGCAGACACAGCGCCCACUCUGCAAGCAGCCGAGAAACGUACGACCAGCACAGAUGAUGCCACAAGUCAGGCGGACGAUGACCAGGCGUACAGCGAAGCAUCGGAAGCAGCAUCGGAGCUGGCGGAUUUCCAGGCUGCUGGCAGCUCAGUCCAUCAGCGGAGGUCAUCACGGGCGCGGGCCCUGUCAGAGAAAGCGGAGCGGAGGAGGCUGGAGGUGGAGCGGAAGAGGCGGGAGCGAGAAGAGCAGCUGCACCUGGAGAGAGAACAGCAGGAGAGGAUGGAGAAGAUGCAGGAAGAGCUGGAAGAGCAGCAGCGGAGAAGAGCAGAGGAGAUGCGCCUGAGAAAGCAGCAGGAGGAGGAAGAGAAGCUACGUCAGGCACAAGAAGCUGCCCGCAGGAUGCAGCUGGAACAGCAGGCAGUAGAGCGAGCACGACAGCAGCAAGAGGAACACCGCAGGAAGCUGCAAGAAAUACAGAAGCGGAAGCAGCAGGAAGAGAUGGAGAGGAAAGCACUAGAGAACCAGAGGCAAAAGGAACUGGAGCGAUUAGAAGCCGAGGAGCGCCUCCGUCUACUGGAAAUGGCAGCGGAUGAGAGGGAGGAAUACAUCAGGCGGAAACGGGAAAAGGAGGAACAAGACAGGCGGGAGGCAGAGGAGAGGAGACUGAAGGCAGAGGAAGAAGCAAGGGCUAUAAUGGAGGAAGCUCAGAGAAGAGCUCAACUAUUGGCCAGGCAAACGGCGGCUCUGGAGCAACAGCUGCAGUUUAAUCGAGGGCUUCUGAAGGAAUCUCUUGGCAUGGACCAGACCCAAGGAGUCUCCAGGCCGUGGGUGUUCUCUUAUUUUGAGUUUCUGGAGCUGCUCGGGCUGCCUCUCCCGGUAGAAGGGGAGUAAUACAAAGACGUACAAAGAGGAUGGAUUAGCUAUGGAGCGAAUGAUCAGUAUGGAGCAGAAUGUCUUCUAGCAAAAGGGAAGCAGAAACUAAGCAUUCCCCUUAUACCGCCUCCCCUGACCUGGCGCGGCAUUCCCCUUAUACCGCCUCCCCGGAUCUGGUGCGGCAUUCUCCUCACACUGUCUCCCCUGACCUGGCGCGGCAUUCCCCUUAUACCGCCUCACCGGAUCUGGUGCGGCAUUCUCCUUACACCGUCCCCCCUGACCUGGCGCGACAUUCUCCUUACACCGUCCCCCCUGACCUGGCGCAGCAUUCUCCUUACACCGUCCCCCCUGACCUGGCGCGGCAUUCUCCUUACGCCAUCCCACCUGAUCUAGCGCUGCAUUCUCCAUACACCACCUCCCCUCACCUGGCACGGUAUUCUCCUUACACCGCCUCCCCUGACCUGGCGCGGCAUUCUCCAUACACCGCCUCCCCUGACCUGGCGCGGCAUUCUCCUCACACCGCCUCCCCUGACCUGGCAUUCUCCAUAUACCACCUCCCCUGACCUGGCGCGGCAUUCUCCUUACACCGCCUCCCCUGACGUAUCACAAGUCUUUUUAGUACCAGUGUCCCUGUCAUAGGUAUUGCAUAUGUCAUACAUUCAGUGUAUCAGUGCUUCUGAAACGCCAUCCACAUACUGAUGGUUAAAUGUAAAUGACUGAGUUACUAAUGAAGUCACCUGUGGUCAAGCACGGAUAUACUUACACCCUGGACUGUUAAUGUGUUUUGAGGACUUAGUCUGAGGAAGACGGAUGUGGAGCACAGUCCGGCCGUUAUAUGGGUGUGGCGGCUCCUGGGAGCACUUCCUGCGGCCUGUUCUAGAACAGCUGCUCACACAGCGCUUCUGUCUCCCCGCAAUCAGCGCUGAAAGCAGCGGGAUCAUGAUACUGAAUGGUGGGGAAUACAAAAUAUACACAGCGCUACAAUUAUUAAUAAUCUUCUGAUGUAGACUGUAUAACUAAUAGAAUAAAUCUACAUAUAUAUAUAUACUGAUGUAAAAUGUAUAGCAAAUAGUAUAAAUAUAUAUAUAUAUAUAUAUAUAUUCUGAUGUAGAAUGUAUAGCUAAUAGUAUGAAUCUGUGAUUAUGCAAAGUGGCACUAUAUUCUAUAAUUGUUCUGUUCAAUUUAUUAUAAUGAAUGGUUAUGCUCUGAAAACACAAUGUAUCACUCAAACAUGGAUGGAUUUAUCGCUCUCUACCUAUCUAUCUAUCUAUAUAUAUAUAUAUAUAUAUAUAUAUAUAUAUAAAAUAAGAUUUUAAACCUACCGGUAAAUCUUUUUCUCCUAGUCCGUAGAGGAUGCUGGGGACUCCGUAAGGACCAUGGGGUAUAGACGGGCUCUGCAGGAGACAUGGGCACUAUAAAGAACUUUAGAAUGGGUGUGCACUGGCUCCUCCCUCUAUGCCCCUCCUCCAGACCUCAGUUAGAGAAACUGUGCCCAGAGGAGAUGAUUUUGUUAAUCUAAGGGCAAGAUUCAUACCAGCCCACACCAUACACACCGUAUAACAUGGUAUAUACUAAACCAGUUAACAGCAUGAACAAAACAGCAUCAGCCAGAGACUGAUCUCAACUGUAACAUAACCCUUAUGUAAGCAACAACUAUAUACAAGUCUUGCAGAAAUAUGUCGGCACUGGGACGGGCGCCCAGCAUCCUCUACGGACUAGAAGAAAAAAAUUUACCGGUCGGUUUAAAAUCUUAUUUUCUCUGACGUCCUAGUGGAUGCUGGGACUCCGUAAGGACCAUGGGGUUUAUACCAAAGCUCCCAAUCGGGCGGGAGAGUGCGUAUGACUCUGCAGCACCGAUUGAGCAAAUGCGAGGUGCUCGUCAGCCAGGGUAUCAAACUUAUAGAAUUUUGCAAAAGUGUUUGAACCCGACCAAGUCGCUGUUCAGCAAAGCUGUAAUGCCGAGAUGCCUCGGGCAGCCGCCCAAGAAGAGCCCCCCUUCCUCGUGGAAUGGGCCUUUACCGAAUUUGGUAACGGCAAUCCAGCCAUAGAAUGAGCCUGCUGAAUCGUGUUACAGAUCCAGCGAGCAAUAGUCUGCUUCGAAGCAGGAGCGCCAACCUUGUUGGCUGCAUACAGGACAAACAGUGCCUCUGUUUUCCUAACCCUAGCCGUCCUGGCUACAUAAAUUUUUAAGGCCCUGACUACAUCAAGGGACUUGGAAUCCUCCAAGUCACCCGUAGCCACAGGCACCACAAUAGGUUGGUUCAUAUGAAACGACGAAACCACUUUAGGCAGAAAUUGAGGACGAGUCCUUAACUCUGCUCGAUCCACAUGGAAAAUCAGAUAGGGGCUCUUGUGAGACAAAACCGCCAAUUCGGACACACGCCUUGCAGAUGCCAAGGCCAAUAACAUGACCACCUUCCAAGUGAGAAAUUUUAAUUCAACUGUUUGAAGAGGUUCAAACCAGUGUAAUUGAAGGAACUGUAAUACCACGUUAAGGUCCGACAGUGCCACCGGGGGCACAAAAGGAGGUUGUAUGUGCAGCACUCCCUUUACAAAAGUCUGGACUUCUGGGAGAGAAGCCAAUUCCUUCUGAAAGAAUAUAGAUAAGGCCGAAAUCUGCACCUUAAUGGAGCCUAACUUUAGGCCCAUAUCCACUCCUGUCUGUAGAAAAUGGAGAAAACGACCCAGCUGAAAAUCUUCCGUAGGAGCAUUCUUGGCUUCACACCAAGAUACAUAUUUCAUCCAGAUACGGUGAUAAUGCUUCGCCGUUACCUCCUUCCUAGCUUUGAUUAGAGUAGGGAUGACUUCCCCCGGAAUACCUUUCCUAGCUAGGAUUUGGUGUUCAACCGCCAUGCCGUCAAACGUAACCGCGGUAAGUCUUGGAACACACAGGGCCCCUGUUGCAACAGGUCAUCCCUGGGAGGAAGAGGCCACGGAUCUUCUGUGAUCAUUUCCUGAAGAUCUGAAUACCAGGCCCUUCGAGGCCAAUCUGGAACAAUGAGUAUUGUCUGCACUCUUGUUCGUCUUAUGAUUCUCAAUAUUUUUGAGAUAAGUGGAAGUGGAGGGAACACAUAGACCAACUGAAACACCCACGGUGUCACCAGGGCGGCCACCGCCACUGCCUGAGGGUCCCUCAACCUGGAACAAUAUGUCCGAAGCUUUCUGUUGAGGCGUGACGCCAUCAUGUCUAUUUGAGGAAGUCCCCAACGACUUGUUACCUCUGCAAAGACCUCUUUAUGAAGUCCCCACUCUCCUGGAUGGAGAUCGUGUCUGCUGAGGAAGUCUGCUUUCCAGUUGUCUACUCCCGGAAUGAAGACCGCUGACAGAGCGCUUACAUGAUUUUCCGCCCCGCGAAGAAUCCUGGUGGCUUCUGCCAUUGCUGCUCUGCUCCUUGUCCCGCCCUGACGGUUCACAUGCGCCACGGCUGUGACGUUGUCUGACUGGAUCAGAACAGGUAGGUUGCUAAGAAGAUUCUGCGCCUGUUGCAGGCCAUUGUAUAUGGCCCUUAAUUCCAGCACAUUGAUGUGUAGACAAGCCUCCUGGCUUGACCAUAUUCUCUGAAAAUUUUUUCCUUGUGUGACUGCUCCCCAUCCUCGGAGGCUCGCGUCCGUGGUCACAGUAACCCAAUCUUGAAUGCUGAACCUGCGACCCUCUAGAAGGUGAGCACUCUGGAGCUACCACAGGAGAGAGACCCUGGCCCUGGGGGGCAGGCUUAUCCUCCGAUGCAUCUGUAGAUGGGACCCUGACCACUUGUCCAGAAGAUCCCACUAAAAAGUUCUCGCAUGGAACCUGCCGAACGGAAUGGCCUCGUAGGCCGCCACCAUCUUUCCCAAUACUUGAGUGCAUUGAUGAACUGACACUCUUUUUGGUUUCAGCAGGUCCUUGACCAUGUUCUGGAGUUCCUGGGCUUUUUCCAUUGGGAGAAAAACCCUCUUUUUUUCCGUGUCCAGAAUCAUGCCCAAAAAUGACAGCCGAGUUGUCGGAACCAACUGCGACUUUGGUAGAUUUAGAAUCCAGCCGUGUUGUAGUACUCUCAGGGAGAGAGACACGCUUGUUAGUAACUGAUCUCUUGAUCUUGCCUUUAUCAGGAGAUCGUCCAAGUAUGGGAUAAUUGUGACCCCCUGCUUGCGCAGGAGCACCAUCAUUUCCACCAUUACCUUGGUGAAAAUUCUCGGGGCCGUGGAAAGCCCAAACGGCAAUGUCUGAAACUGGUAAUGACAAUCCUGUACAGCGAAUCUCAGGUACGCCUGAUGAGGAGGAUAUAUGGGGACAUGAAGGUAUGCAUCCUUUAUGUCUAGUGACACCAUAAAAUCCCCCCCUUCCAGGCUGGAGAUUACUGCCCGGAGAGAUUCCAUCUUGAAUUUGAACCUCUUCAAAUAUAGGUUUAGGGAUUUUAGAUUCAGAAAUGGUCUGACCGAGCCAUCUGGCUUCGGGACCACAAAUAGGGUUGAAUAAAACCCUUUCCCCUGUUGCACUAGGGGAACCUUGAUAAUCACUUGCUGUUGACACAGCUUUUGUAUGGCAGCUGAAACUAUUUCCCUCUCUGGGGGGAGAAGUUGGCAAGGCCGAUUUGAGAAAUCGGUGUGGAGGCACAUCUUCGAACUCCAGUUUGUAGCCUUGGGAUACAAUUUCGACCACCCAAGGAUCCAAAUCCGACUGAACCCAGACAUGGCAUUGGCUCUUGAAUCCAAAAGCCCAAUAUCUCUCACAGCCUCUCUCAUAUAUAACGCUGCGUCCUUGAUGUGACCUAAGGUUAACAAAAUACUAUCUUUAUCUAGGGUGUCAAUGUCAGAUGACAAGUUAUCUGAUCAAGUCACAAUUGCGCUACCCACCCAUGCCGACGCUACUGCAGGUCUGAGCAGGGCUCCCGUAGUCGCAUAAAUUGAUUUUAAGGUAGUUUCGUGCCUGCGAUCCGCAGGAUCCUUUAGGGCCGCCGUGUCCAGGUACGGUAGUGCCACCUUUUUGGACAAGCGCGUCAAGGCCUUGUCCACCGUGGGCGAGGAUUCCCACCGUAACCUGUCCUUUGAGGGGAAAGGAUACGCCAUAAUAAUUCUCUUGGGAACCUGCAGUCUCUUGUCUGGAGUUUCCCAAGCCUUCUCAAAUAAAGCGUUCAGCUCAUGAGAUGGGGGAAACGUUACUUCAGGUUUCUUUUCCUUAAACAUGGCGACCCUCGUGUCAGGGACAGAGGGGUCCUCUGUGAUAUGCAAAACAUCUUUUAUUGCAAUAAUCAUAUAUUGAAUACUCUUGGCCACCCUUGGGUGUAACCUUGCAUCAUCAUAUUCGACACUGGAGUCAGAAUCCGUGUCGGUAUCAGUGUCUGCUAUCUGGGAAAAGGGACGUUUAUGGGACCCUGAAGGGCCUUGUGACACCGCCAAAGCCAUGGAUUGACUCCCUGCUUUGUCCUUGGACUCUGCUUUGUCCAAUCUCUUAUGUAAUAAAGUCACAUUAGCAUUUAAAACAUUCCACAUGUACAACCAAUCAGGUGUCGGCUGUGCCGACGGAGACACCACCACCAUCUGCUCUGCAUCCUCCCUAGACGAGCCUUCCGCUUCAGACAUGUCGACACACACGUACUGACACCCCCACACACACUGGGAUAUCUGAAUAUGGGGACAGACCCACAAUAAGGCCCUUUGGAGAGACAGAGAGAGAGUAUGCCAUCUUACACCCAGCGCCACUGGAUACUGAAACGGAGUCCCAGCCUGUAAAGCGCAUUAUAUACACAAUUUAGCACCAAAUAAACGUGCCCCUCCCCCUCCCCUCAUUUUUGCCCCGUUACUUGUACAGCAGGGGAGAGUCCGGGAGCAGCUUGCUGUGGAGAAAAUGGCGCUGGUUAGUGCUGGAGGAUCAAGCUCCGCCCCCUCGACGGCGGGCUUCGGUCCCGCUCUUUUUCUUUAUACUGGCAGGGGAUUUAUUAUAUACUGCCUCUGCAGUAUCUAUUUAUGUGCCAGUCUUAUUUGAGGUAAUUAUUGCUGCCCAGGGCACCCUCCCUGCGCCCUGCACCCUUGCUGUGCCUUGUGUGUGAGCUGGGAGGAAUGGCGCGCAGCGCGACCGCUGUGCGGUACCUCAUGAAGAACUGAAGUCUUCUGCUGCCUUUGAAGUCUUCUUGCUUCCUAUACUUACCCAGCUUCUGUCUUCCGGCUCUGUGAGGAGGACGGCGGCGCGGCUCCGGGACGAACAGCAAGGACGACACCUUUGUUCCGACCAUCUCGAGCUAAUGGUGUCCAGUAGCCUAAGAAGCAGAGCCUAUCAUUUAAGUAGGGCUGCUUCUCUCCCCUCAGUCCCACGAAGCAGGGAGCCUGUUGCCAGCAGUGCUCCCUGAAAAUAAAAAACCUAACAAAAGUCUUUUCAGAGAAACUCAGUAGAGCUCCCCUGCAGUGCAUCAAGUCUCCUCUGGGCACAGGAUCUAACUGAGGUCUGGAGGAGGGGCAUAGAGGGAGGAGCCAGUUCACACCCAUCUAAAGUCUUAGAGUGCCCAUGUCUCCUGCGGAGCCCGUCUAUACCCCAUGGUCCUUACGUAGUCCCCAGCAUCCUCUAGGACGUAAGAGAAAUAUAUAUCUAUUUCUAUAUACACACACACUAGCUGAAGUAACCGGCGUUGUCCGGGUUAAAUCUUCCAGUUAUUAAGUUAUCAAUGAGUUGGAUGUAACCGUCAACAUUGUAAUAAUAAUUAUCAGCUCUUCCAAAACACCCAUGAGGUGGCCGCCGAGUGUCGUGUUUUGUGAUGUGGGGGGGAGGGGAAGGGGAAGGGGGAGGUCACCGGUAGCCCUGACCCCCAGAUUUCCUUUCCGUUCAGUUUUAUAAUCACUUUUACAUUGCGGGGUGGGUGUAAAGUUUUCCUUCUGUUAUCAAUGUUGCUACUCCAAGGCUUUUGGGUACCAACAUUUGUGGUCUUCCAGCCUGAAUUUCAGUCCGUUAUUUCAGGUCAUGGAAUUCUGGUUGUGUUAUUACAGUUCUCUAAAGUUUUCAUCCAAAUCCAUCCAGUGGAAGGCUCAGAAUAGGCUCUCCGGGUCAAAGUUCUGUCUGGUGUCCACCAAUGGGAGGUCCGACCGGGACCCUAACCCCCCCUAAAACCUGGUCCUGGACCACCUCGCAUUGGUUUCAUCCCUACCGGUGCAGGGGUAUCCAAAUGCAUAACCAGACAGACAAACAGAAUAAUAAAUUAAUUAUAUAUACAUGCGAUACUAGGAUACACAGCACAGGAUAUUUGUGAUUGGAAAUGAUAGGAAUCAUCUGUCGAUUUUGAUUCCAUAAAUAUCACACGCUUAUCUUCCAUGACUGGCCAGGCAUUUUCGGCUAUGAGUUCAUAUUAGGUUACUCAUUUUUAACCGAUGUAAGUGUCCCAGAGCAAUCGUAUCUACUGAUUUUUGAUGUUAACUACUCAAAUGAGAUAUACCCCUGAUGAAGUCUCUGUGAGAGACGAAACGCGUUAGAUUACCAGUCUUGUUGUGAUGUGACCUCCAGUCUACAAUCUUAGAAGGAGGAGUUUGUGAAAGAAAUAUCUGUACACUUGCUCUUAUGUGGACCACCACUGGAUGCUAGUGGUGGAUGAAACGUUUUAUGAACAUUUAUACCAUUACAGUUUCAGAUGGUUUUAUAUAAAUUUUAAUAAAUUUGUAUAUUGGAACCUA